CACCACCAUGACUUCUCCCUCGGCAGCACUCAUGCAGAGCAUUCGCCCAGGCACCACACACUUCAACGCCAUGAGCCCCAAGGAUCGCGUCAAGCUUAUUGGAAUCAUGGGAUACUGCACAAUUGCAUUCAGCGCACCAUUUGCCGGAGCGGCAGAGAUGAGCAGACGUACACGUGA